UAGUGUGCUUUUAUUGUGACGGUCUGGGGUGUUUCCUGCUCCUCCGUGUGAUCAGCUGCAAUCAGCUGUGAUCAGCUGUCAGUGCUCAUCAUGUCGUACAGCAGAGAGGUCCUGUUGGCCACCAGCCUGCUGUGCCGCAGCUCUGGAUCCAUGCAGCUGCUGCAGCUGUACCGGAAGCUGCUGCAGUGCUGCGACAUCACCGAGAAAGAGUUCCUCGACAUCAUCCAGCGGUGCCCCCGCUUCUUACUGGUACGCGGCCCUGCGGGGGCCGGCGCGGAGCGGCUGGAGAACUGCACGGUGGUCGCUCAGACCUCCCUGCGGCUGUGCAGCAGGUACGGCCGGGAGCCGUGCACCGAGUCUGGGUCCGGGUCCAGAGAGGAGGACGGAGGCUGCCAGCAGCUCCACCUCUGCAAGUUCUUCAUCUACGGAAACUGCAGGUUCGGCAAGGGCAGAAGGUCGUGUAAAUUCUCUCACGACAUUCGUUCAGAUCACAACUAUCGAUUACUGAGGGAGUGUACGCUGCACGAGCUCAACGAGGACGACCUGUUUCUGCUGCUGCUGCAGAACGACCCCUCGCUGCUGCCGCAGGUGUGUCAGCACUAUAACAAAGGUUCCGGUCCUCACGGCAGCUGCAGCUUCGAGCAGACCUGCACCAAAGUCCACCUGUGUCAGCACUUCGUUCAGGGCGACUGCACCUUCGGACUAAAGUGUAAACGGCUGCACGCCAUCGGAAACCAUGGCCGCCGCAUGUUGGAGGAGAGAGGACUGAGCAGAGAUGUCAUCCAGGAGCUCCCCUUCAUCUACAGGAACAUCCACCACCUCAGUGCUGCCGCCGCCUCCACAGAGAAUCUUCCAGAGUCUUGGUGUAAACUUCAGACUGACGACGGGAACAACAUCUGUCUGCACUUCAUCAGGAACAGCUGCAGGUUUCACAACGAGUGCCGCCGUGUUCACUUCCACCUGCCCUACAAGUGGGAGGUGUUUGAUGGCCUCACCUGGACAGACCUGCAGCACAUGGAGGACAUCGAGCGAGAUUUCUGUGACCCAUCUAAGACACAGAGUGGUGGCGAUCAGCCUGUCGACUUCCUGACGAAAAGUCAGGGGUCGCAGCGUGUUCGCCGUCUCUCCACCGUUUCCUCGGUAACAAAGCCGCCUCACUACACCCUGACGACUCAGUGGCUGUGGUACUAUAAGGGGGACCAGGGGAACUGGGUGGAGUACGGACAGCUGGAUGAAAAGCAACGUAGCACCUCAGUGACAUCACAAACUCUGGAGGAGGCGUUCCUCUCCGACAGAACAGCUGACGUCCAUGUAGUUAAAGGCCAGAGACAGUAUGUCAUCAGCUUCAGAGACAUGUACCAGAGGAACCCCAAACAUAACACCAAGAGACAAGUUCGCCGUCGUCCACGCUUCGUGUCUGUGGCUGAGGUGAAGAGGCAGACCGGUUCAGCAGAGAAACCACGACCUUAUGACUUCCUGUCCCUGCAGACUGGAUCUGACUGAGUUCUCUAGAUUUGAUUCUUGAAUUUCUUGAACUGAACUUGAUUUUCACCAGUUCCUUCUGGUCACUCCUCUGGCUUCACUCCUCUGGCUUUACUCCUCUGGCUUCACUCCUCAGUCUGUUAUUGGAUUGUCAUGAAACCUGGUUCAGAUGUUCAUCUGAAUCUGAAUCAGGUUCAUUGAUAAAUAGAUUUUGACAGGUAAAGAAUUUAUCUGGUUUGGGACAAUAAACACAAGACAAUGUGAUAUAAAAAUGAGAGCAAAUGCUGCAAAUCAUAAAGAGAAAGAAAACAGAGUAUUUACGAUAAGGUAUGUAAAAACUAGAAUGACACCCAGUAGAGUGCAUACCUCAGCUCACUCAGAGAAACCACACAUCUGAAUACAGCUGACCCAUGAAAUUAAUAGCACACAGUCGACUCAUGCUUCAACAACAGCUCCAUGUCUCAUGCUGUUCUGUUCAUGCUGACUGAAAAACAUUUUUUCUACUUUCAGAAAAUUCUUACAAUAAAUACGCGUGUGGAGUGCGGCACCAUCACAACGCUCAAAGAUGAGUUUGGCUCCAAAGCUUCAAAUACAUUACAUACCGAGCACAGGACGGCAUAAAUGUCAACCAGUCUGAAUUAAAUAUGCUGCAGUUAACUGUGGAAAAUCAAAGUGGUAGAAUGUAAAUGUCCAACUAGUAUUUUGUUGUAUUAAUGACAGUAAAACCGUCUGAACUGUCAGAGUAAAGCAGCGUUUCCAGUUACUGGGUUUGUUACAAAUAUCAAUAAUAAAAGUUCCUGUAAUCAA